CGACAUUCGGCGUCACUCGCGCAUCAACGCUCCUUUUUCCAUUUUGGAUAAUUAAAAAUAUAGAUUUAUAUCUCUUUGCUGAGGCGGCUUUUUCUUUUCUCUCAUACUCGAGGUUUUAUUGAUCGCUUUACAACGAUCUCGAUUGCGGUGAUACCCCGCCCUGAUUACCCCCGCUAUCAUACCUGGCGAACCCUUUGAGAACUUUCAAUCCAUCCAGGUCACUAAACCAACAUGCCUGCCAUACCUGUGACGAUCGUGACCGGUUUCCUCGGCUCCGGCAAGACGACGCUCCUGCUCAACCUCAUUCCCCAACUGCCGCCAGACUAUCGCCUCGCGCUUCUGAAGAACGAAUUCGGCGAUGUUGCGGUCGACUCGCAGCUCGCCUCCGCCAACGCCAUCUCCGGGGUGCGCGAGCUGCUCAACGGAUGCAUAUGUUGUAAUCUGGUCGGUCAGCUCAGCGAUGCGCUCGACCAGCUCCGUGAUACCGUCCAGCCCGACCGGAUCGUGAUCGAAACCUCCGGGAGCGCGUUCCCCGCCACGCUAGCGAUGGAGGUGAACCGGCUGUCGCGCGAGCAAGGGGGCAGUUUCAUGCUGGACGGCGUGAUCAGUGUCAUCGAUGUGGAGAACUGGCAGGGGUACGAGGAUACAAGCUACACGGCGAAACUGCAGGCCAAAUAUACGGAUCUGAUCAUUUUCAACAAGUGGGAGGACGUGCCGGAGAUGCGGUUCGAUAUCUGCCUAGACCGUCUGGGAGAUUUGGACGUGCAGACGCCUUGGGUCAAGUCCGAUAAGGGGAGAGUAGACAAGGACGUCUUGCUGGGGAUCGAUGGAGCGCUAUUCUCCAACCAGGAGGAAGAGAAACACCAGCAUGAGCAUACCCAUCCCCACGACCACGACCACGACCAUAAACAUGACCAUCAAUCCGAAGUGGAAGUGCUGUCCGUCAAAUUGAAGGCUUCCUCCCCUGCCACAACCAUCGACAUCCCUGCAUUCGAGAACCUCCUCCGCUCCGCAUCCAGAGAAGAGGUAUAUCGCAUAAAGGGAAUCAUCCGCUGCUCGCCCACCACGCCGCCGACCUCUUCAUCCCCAGACACAGAGGAGAAGGUAGUGGCCCCGCAGUCUGCCUCUGAUUCUCCCCAGUCCUAUAUCCUCAAUUGGGCCUUUGGCCGAUGGACCUUCACGCCCUCCGCCGCGGCGGCGGAGACCACCGACCCCUCGGCAGUGGCUCGUAUCACCUUCAUUCUCGCCCGCUACGAAUCUGCUAAAUGGAAGAAAAGACUUGAAGCCGGUGGCCUGAUCGAAGCGAGUGAUCUGAAGCAAGGGGCGGAGCUAACCGUCGAGAGAUUGCUUUAGACGGAUAACCCCUUUCAUAUGUGUUGCGUUACGGAGCUGGCUCUCAACAACACCAGAUUUAAAGAAGAAUAGAAUAGAUCAUUUGAUCCAUGUCCCAUUAGUAACUUGGGUAUAAUUCCUGCAACGUCAAUAUGAGAAGCCUUCAAGGUUAGAAGAAUAUGAAAAUCUAUCAAGUGCUCUAGAUAUAAGAUCGGCUCAUGUCAAGGGCAGUGUCUAGCGAGUCAAGUGCAGGUAGCA